AUGGCUUCUAAGUAUAUAAUCAAACGUUCUUUCUCCUCUCAGCUGUUACGAGUUUUAGCACCAUCAAAUACGAUUCCGUUAAAUGCUCAGAGAGCUAAUGCCGUGGAAGUUGAUUCUUCAAUUAACUUCAAUAUCAACACUAGCUCAGACACUGGCCACGAGUCAAAUAUGAAGGCUAUUGAAUUAGCAUUACAGACCCCUAGACCGUUGAACUCAUGGACCAAAGACCAAAUCCGUGAGAUAUACAAUACGCCGCUAAUGGAACUAGUUUUUCAAUCUCAAAUUCAACAUAGGAAAUAUCACAACCCUCAAGAGGUUCAGUUAUGUACUUUGUUAUCAAUCAAGACUGGCGGUUGUACCGAAGAUUGCAAGUAUUGUGCCCAAUCGACCAGAUAUGAUACUGGAACCAAGGCUGAGAGGAUGAUUUCAGUAGAUGAAGUUAUGAAGGCUGCUAGAACUGCAAAAGCAAAUGGAUCUACUAGAUUCUGUAUGGGAGCUGCAUGGAGAGACAUGACAGGUCGUAAGUCAGGAUUGAAGCGUAUUUCCCAAAUGGUUACCCAAAUUAAUCAAGAGCUAGGGAUGGAAACAUGUGUGACACUAGGAAUGGUUGAUAAGAAACAGGCGGCAGACUUAGCUGAUGCAGGUUUGACUGCCUACAACCAUAACAUCGAUACAUCUAGAGAGCAUUAUCCAAAGGUUAUUUCAACUAGAAGUUACGAUGAGAGGUUGCAAACAAUCAGGAAUGUUCAAGAUGCUGGUAUUAAAGCAUGUACUGGAGGUAUCCUUGGACUUGGUGAAACUGAGGAAGAUCAUAUUGGUUUCUUAUACACCUUAUCAACCAUGGAAAAGCAUCCCGAAUCUUUGCCUAUUAACCGUUUAGUGCCAAUAAAAGGAACUCCCAUGGAAAAAGAGAUAUCCAGUUUACCUCGUGAAUCAGGCAGACGUUUAAAAUUUGAACACAUUUUAAAAACCAUUGCUACUGCUAGAUUAAUUAUGCCAGAGUCAAUCAUUAGGCUCGCUGCUGGACGUUAUACCAUGAAAGAACAUGAGCAAUUCUUAUGUUUCAUGAGUGGUUGUAACGCUAUCUUCACCGGUGAGAAAAUGUUAACAACAAUGUGUAAUGGGUGGGAUGAAGACAUUCAAAUGUUAAAAAAAUGGGGUUUGAGGCCUAUGAAGAGCUUUAAUAAAAGCCAUAUGCCAGUAACGGAUAAUCUGAGUCCAACAUUAAAGCCAACCGUCGAUCAGACUACAGAAAAAUUUUCUGAAGCGUGCGUUCUGUAA